AUGGUGCAACAAACCAACAACGCCGAGAACACCGAGGAACUGCUUGCCGGGGAGACCUCAGACUCGGGGGCAAGUGUAGAGCUGGACAUGGCAUCUUCUCCUACCCCAGGGUCUACUGCCUCCACCGGGGGCAAAGCGGAUGACCCGAGCUGGUGCAAGACCCCCAGCGGGCACAUCAAGAGACCCAUGAAUGCCUUCAUGGUUUGGUCUCAGAUCGAGCGGAGGAAGAUCAUGGAACAGUCGCCGGACAUGCACAAUGCUGAGAUCUCCAAGCGGCUGGGCAAGCGCUGGAAGCAGCUCAAGGACAGCGACAAGAUCCCCUUCAUCCGGGAGGCCGAGCGGCUGCGGCUCAAGCACAUGGCCGACUACCCGGACUACAAGUACCGGCCCAGGAAGAAGGUGAAAUCCGGCAGCUCCAAGCCCGGGGAGAAGGGCUGCAGCAGCCCCAGCAGUGGGGGGAGUGGCGGCGGCGGCGGCGGCGGCGGCAGCAGCAGUAACCCUGGGGCUUGCAGCAGCUCCUCCAAACCUCCAGUGAAGAAGAGCAGCGGGACCAAGCUCUGCAGCAAGCCGCACACCAAGCUAGUGCUGGGCGGCAAAGCCUUCCCGGAGCAAUCGUGCAUGCUGGACCAUCACACCCUGUACAAGUCCCGGAUUGCAGCCUCCUCCAGACAGGGCGCCCCAGACAAGAAGCCUAAACACCGGCUCUACAUCUUUGGAGCCCCGGGCUACCAGGGAUCAUCUCCAGUGGCCGUGCCCGCCAGCCCUACACUCAGUAGCGGCUCCGCCGAGGCCAGUGACCCGCUCAGCCUGUACGAAGACGGAGCCGGAUCCAUCCAAAACUCCCCCGGCUCCCCGUCCGAGCACGGCGGGUACCCGAGAGCGUCCUCCCCGGCCCCGUCCACCUCACACUCCUCCUCUUCUUCAGCUGCAUCCUCCCCCUCCUCCGCAUCCUCCUCCUCUUCAUCAUCAUCAUCGGCUUCCUCCUCGGACGAGGAGCUGGAAGACGAGCUGCUGGAGCUCAACCCCAGCCCGGGCUUUGAGAGCAUGUCCCUGGGCAGCUUCAGCUCCUCCGCUCUGGACAGGGACCUGGACUUUAACUUCGAGCCGGGCUCGGGCUCCCACUUCGAGUUCCCGGACUAUUGCACCCCAGAGGUGAGUGAGAUGAUCUCAGGGGACUGGCUGGAGUCCAGCAUCUCCAACCUGGUGUUCACAUACUGAGCCAGCCGCUUAGAUAGAGGAGGGCGAGCACCUACAGUCAUGGAGCAUCGAGCGAGAGGCAGAGCGCACUCUCUGCUGUACUAAACUGACUGAACCUCUGCUUUACUUAGUCAGAAAGAAAAUCAAAACUCAAUAAAAGGGAUUGUUGAUUUUUAGCAGCCCAGGGAGACCCUUCUGUUCCCCGCAAAACGAAAACCUUAAAAGCCCUCCUAAAUGUUUGUACGAACUGCAGACUGGAGAGGUUGUGUGUGUGAUGAUGAUGAUGGUUACACAUGGUGAAGAAGGCUUUUAUUGGGGCUGCACAUAUUGUUGGCUAAAGGAAGAUACGAAUGAGACCUAAGAGAGUUUCACCUCAUUCUCAGAGAUAAGGGGAGAGAGCUCUGAUCCGGCCUCUUAGCAUUACUGUCUCCCUCCCUUGUCUUGGAGACAUGGGACUUUUCCUUCCAGCACCAUGCAAGGCUGUACCUUCCAGCAGGAGAGGAGAAGGAGCACAAAUCAAAAGUUCAAAAACAGACUAAUGUUAAGGGGUAAUACUUACAUUCACCCCCCAAACAGCCUCCCCAUCACCCCUUGUUUUUCUGGAGAGCAGUCGAUGGAUGAAGGUGUGUGUGUGGGGGGUUCUAUUUCAUUUUUGUUUGCAGUAGAAGUAAUGGGACUAUUAUGGAUUUGCACGUCUGGAGAAGGAUGGUGGACCCCCAUUUGGGUGACCCAACUUUUUCUUUAAACCAUCCAUGAAACGAUGGAUUUUUUAUUAUUUUAAUUCAAGGACACUACUUUUUAAGAAGGAAAGCAGAUCUUCUGAACUACACCAAGUUACAUAUUUAUGUGGUACCUGGGGGGGUGGGGAUUCUUUAAAGAAAAAUGUGUUUCUCUUGCUCAGAAUCGUGAUGGUGUUGGAUUAUUUCACUGGUGGGUUAAUAUAGCAUGUUCUCCUGUCUAUCUUUAAGGUUUCUUGUAAGACUGUUGAACAGUUUUAGUGUUAGGGUAAAUUAAAGCAGAUAGAUGGCGCUAUGUUUGAUUCCUACACAAAUCACCAGCUUUUUUCUCAUUUUUAACUCUUUAAGGAUUCAAACGCAACUCAAAUCUGUGCUGGACUUAAAAACAAAAAAACAAACAAAAAAAAAAUACAAUAAUUCAGGACCAAAUUUUUUCUCAGAGUAUGUGUUCUUAAAUAGAUGUAAAUGAAGACUUGUUGUUCCUUUCUCAUAUUGCACCCCCCUCUUGUAAAUGUACCAGAUGCCAUUUUUUUAUGUGAACAUAUUUAUACUGGCCAAAUUUUUUUAUUUUAAAAUUUUAUUUUUCUUUUUUUUUUUUCCUUUGUACUCCUUCCCUCUUUUUCACAGCAUUUUUAUGUCUCCUUCACUGAAGGGCUAGAGUUUUAACUUUUAAUUUUUUAUAUUUAAUGUAGACUUUUGACACUUUUAAAGAAAAAAACAAACAAACAAAAAAAAACAAAAGAAUAGAGAUGAAAACGUUUGAUUAUUUUCUCAGUGUAUUUUUGUAAAAAAUAUAUAAAGGGGGUGUUUUAACUGGUGUCAACCGCUGUUUUUUUUGUUUUUGGAUUUCCUGACAAUAUUUCAAAACAGGGAGGCUGGUUACUGUGUCAAACAUACAGAAUGAAUAAAGUUUAAACCGGCUUUAUUUUCCAUGUUUACACAAUUCAAUCUGCAGGCUUUUUUUUUUAAUUAUUAAAGUGACAGCAUCCCUUCCAGCCUAGUGCACUCAGCAUUCACACCUCCAAAGUAUUCUUAAUACACUGUAUAUCGGUUGAAAACUUACAAAAAAAAUUCUUUGUAUUAAUGAUCAUAUGUAGUAUUUAUAUAGCUCUUUAUAACUAUACGUCAGAGUUUUCUUUAUUUUUAUUUGGUUUCUCAAUCGUGCAGCCAUUUCCUUAGUGGAAUUGUGGAUGCAUGUUCUUUAUUUGGCACUGUUAAACUCCAAGGAGGAGAAAGGAACAAUGUUAGAAUUGCCUAUUUCCAGUAGGUAGGCACAGUGGUAACACAUGGACCCACAUGUUUCUUUUCUUGGUUUUGUACUAGUCUCCUCUGCUUUUUUUUUCUUAAUCCUUUUUGAUGCUGGGGAGCUAAUGGCAAAUGUUUGUCCCUUCAACCUUGAAGGGUUAACUAUGUCAGUCUGUAUUCAAACGCUUUAAAGUGACAAGUGCACAUAAUAAGCAAAAAAAAAAAAGGGAUCCUGUAGCUUUAACGUCUCAACAUUUUUUUGCACUUUUUUAUACUACAAAAGAAAUAAACCGUGCCGUUUUUAAACCACUGGAUCUAUCUAAAUGCCGAUUUGAGUUCGCGACACUAUAUACUGCGUUUUUCAUUCUCGUAUUUGACUAUUUAAUCCUUUAUACUUGUCGCUAAACUAUAAUUGUUUUAGUCUCUUUUUGGCAUGACGAUAGCAUAUGUAUUCAGGUUUCUAGCUGUUGUGUUUCAAGAUGAAAAACUAACGAAAGUGAAAACAUCUUUGUACAAUGUAAGUCUAUUAUAACAAGCAAAAAAAAAUUGCUAAAAAAUGUGUUUAUGUAUGUAUUCAAUGACAGGCACUAGGACUUCUGCCUAUUGAGGUAGCUCUCUUUUUUAAAAACAUAAUUUGUUUCUUAACUUUUUUUAUAAUCCAUCCUGUGCAAUAUGCCGUAUAUAUAUAAAAUUUUUGUCUAACCAUCAAGCCACAAAACAAAAGAUUUGAGGCAUAAGACCAUGCCAGCUAAUCAUGUCGAUUUCACUGCCUGUCAGAUUGUUAUACUUCUGUAAAUAACUUUUUUUAAAGGAAAUAAACUCAGCUGGAACUGAACCCUUAAACCUGA